CUGACAAAUCAUUCCUCGAGUGACGCCGUAGUUAGUUUCUGUCCAGCCCAACUAAGGUAUGAAUUUUUCAUCAACCCAGGGGUCUCCCAUGACUACAGAUAUACUGUCUACAGGGCUAUCGUCUACAGAUGCAUUGUUUACAGCUCCUCUGUCAUCAGUUCUACCUUCUUCAGCUCCGCUAUCAACAGUUGUACCAUCUACAGCUCCGCUAUCAACAGUUCUGCCAUCUACUGCUCUAACGAUAAAUAGCGCGUCCCCUUCAGAGACAACCAUUUUCAUUUUACCAAAAAAAUAUGUUGACCAUCUCAACGAAGACACAGCUAUUAAGCUUGCUGUACCAAUCAUUUAUGUCGCCAUCAUGAUGCUUAUCGGCGUCUUCGGCAACGUCCUAGUCAUCUACAUAUACGGCUGUCGUUGGCACCGCGCCACAACCAAGAUCUUUGUUACGACCCUUGCCGUCCUUGACCUUGUUAACUGUAUCAUCACCAUGCCAACAGAAAUAGUUAUCCUCCGGAACUUCUAUUACCUUGAUACUCCUGUAUAUUGCCAACUCUCCCGUUUCUCCACAUUCUGGAUGAACAACAAUUCAGCCAUCGUUCUCCUCAUCAUUUCUAUUGAUCGCUUCAUCAAAAUUUGUAAACCAAACAAAACCUCUUUUUCAUACAAAGGCGCAAAGAUGGCAUGUGGGGUUGCCGUGCUCAUUGGACUGGCGGUAUCGUGGCCGGCGUUGGUCAUCUAUGGCAAACAGACUGUCUUCUAUCCGACGAAGAGAGGCUUCAUGAAAUUUGUACUGUGUCACGUGGAUGACUCCGUGAAAGAUAAAUGGUACUCGGAGGGCUAUUACAUAUAUUUGUGGGUUGGCUUCAUUGCCACAGCUGUCGUCAUGGUAGUUCUAUACACCCUAAUUGGGGUACAGAUCUGGAUGAGGAAACUCAGGAAAGACAAGAGAACUGAGUCCGUGAGAACCACUUCGUUCCAAUUCAGCAUAGCUGAAGGCCGCAAGAUCUAUAAAGGAUCGGCGGAGAAGAGAUCAGAGAGUGGACCCAAAAUAGCAUCGGACGAUUCCAGCGUUCAAGAAAUGGCAGAUGACGUUUUCAAAAGCAGUGACAGUUCCAGCGAUGCCGUACCCCAGCCACGUAACAAGCGACUUCCAACACUUGCUUCUAUUAAGUUUACUAAACAUGGAAUUCAAGCAGGGAGGGCAACUCUGAUGUUGGCGAUUAUUACAGUGGUGUACGUCAUCAGCUUUCUACCGUUCUUGGUAAUCACAAUGAUGCGAACAGUUUUGGGGGAUACCUGGUACCCCAAUCUCUCCGAUGGACAGAAGGUGGCGGUCAACUUGUUUCUGAGAUCUUACCUCGUCAGCAACACUGUCAACCCCAUCAUCUACGGCUUCUGCAACGUCCAGUUCCGACGGGAGUGCAUGCGUCUGUGCAGAAGGAUGGCUUGUCGCAAAACGUGAGACACCCUUGUAGCAUGAAAUCUCCGAAGUCAGGGGAGUUACUCAAGUACAUUCGCAGCUUCUGGGACACGACCCAGCUCCUAGCUGAGGCGAAACAUGGAAGCAGCCACUUAUCUGAUUGUGUCGUGACAAAGCCCACUCAGUGUAUUUACUGUGUCAUCGUGUGCGAAUGCGGGCACUGUCUUGUACAUGUGUAAACAACUGCCAUGAUUUAAUCACAUCCUCGUGAGUACUGUCUGCAGGGCAGUAACGCCUCUUGAUGUCGGUGGAAGUUGUUUAAGAGAAAGAAAGAGACGAUUGUUUGUGUUAAUAUAUCUUGUAAUUUUCAAUUGAUUUCCAAAAAACGCGUGAUGAUAUAGAAUAAUUUAGAAUUAUAUUGCAAAAGAAAUAUACGAAUCCUAAAGAGUUGGUAAAUCAUUAUACAUAGGAUUGUAACUACUACUAAACAUAUGCAUGUGGUUUCUUACAAAUACUUAUCUGCUAUACAUGCAAGUUUACAUUGUCCAACGAGUCUCGUUCACCUACUGUCGAGUACCAUAUUUCAAUAAGGAAUCUUCCAACAGAUCUCGCAGUGUGGCACUGGCAAAUAUUGACAUUACACGUUUUUGAACAUAAAGGGGGUCACCAAGAAGGGUAAUUCACUUAAUUCACUUUAAGGGUAUUAUCAUUCAUUUUUCAAUCCCCAAACGUAGACCCACGUAGGUGGGUCCCAGUAUCAGGCAGAUUAGAAAUCUGAAAGAAACAAGAACCUUUGUUGGUGAGAUCUACCCUCAAGUUCCAUAUGUCAAUUUCAAUGUGAGAGAUGAAAGUAAAUCAAAGGCGAAGAACAUGAGCUGGCACUCCAUUAUCUAGGGGAACCCUUGAGUUUGUAAUGACAGGAAUAACUGUUGUUGGUUUGUUGUUUAACGUCGCACUCAGCAAUAUUCCAUCUAUAUGACGGCGGUCUGUUAAUAAUCGAGUCUGGACCAGACAAUCCAGUGGUUGACAUCGUGAGCAUCGAUCCA